AUCAGGCAGGCCGACUGCACGUCAGCCCUCUUAAAGCUAAAUUGGUGCUUGGCACUGUGGCGUCGUGCAUAGCGAUCUGAGCUCGAAUUAUGCGGAAAAGCAAGUUGGAACAACCUCUGCAUUUCACUUCCUCCUGUGCUGGUUCAUCCUCCGCUCAGCCGCUCCGGGACCUGGUGGAGAUCUGACUGCAGACCUCCACAGGACCUCUGGGUGUCAACACCGGACUCUGGCUCGCUGCAGAGCGUAAACAAACUGGAUUUUGGCGUUUAAAAUUUGUGAGGCGGCUUUGACUGGAUUGUUUUCUCCACCCGGAGGCUCAGUUCGCCCGCGCUGAGGGCUCACACAGCUACCUGCGAGGACUUGUCCGCGCUCCGAGAGGGGGAGUGAAGCCCGAGGAGACACACCUUUAAUCAGUGCCUCCGUGUCCCUCUGAGAGCGGAGGAAUAACCGAUCUGCACGCUGAAAUGUCGGCAAAUGAAAGAGCAACCCGGUACCUGAGAGAGAUCCUGCAAAAACCUGGAAAUGACGCCUGCGCAGACUGUGGCGCGCCGGACCCGACAUGGGGCUCCUGCUCUCUGGGAGUGUUCGUCUGUCUGGCCUGCUCUGGGAUCCACCGCAACUUCCCAGACAUCAGCAAGGUCAAGUCCCUGAGCCUGUCCCGCUGGGAGGACCACGAGGUGCAGUUCAUGGCAGAGAAUGGUAAUGAGCUGAUGAGGAGUAAAUAUGAGGCUGCUGUUCCAGUCUACUACUACAAACCCACCCACAAGGACUGCCAGGUGUUGAGAGAGCAGUGGAUUAGAGCCAAGUACGAGAGGAAAGAGUUCUCCAACCCUGGGAACAGCUUUAUAUAUGAGAAAGGAACGAGAGAUGGCAUGUUGAUGAAGAGGGGGCGGGACAACGGACAGUUCCUGAGCAGGCGAUUCGUCCUUUCUGUGAGGGAGGGGACUCUGAAGUAUUUUACCAAAUAUGACGCUAAGGAACCCAAAGCAGUGAUCAAGGUGGACACCAUCAACGCAACCUUUCAGCCAGAAAAGAUAGGAAACCCCAACGGCCUGCAGAUCACCUACCUCAAAGACUACAGCACCCGCAACAUCUUCGUUUAUCACGACAAUGGCAAGGAGAUCGUCGACUGGUUCAAUUCAAUCCGUGCAGUUCAGCUUCAUUAUCUAAAGGUGGCCUUCCCUGGUGCGACUGAUGCAGAGCUGAUACCCAAACUUACCCGGAACUUUCUCAAAGAAGGAUGCAUGGAAAAAACCGGUCCCAGACAAACGGAAGGUUUCAAGAAACGCUGGUUUACCCUGGACCACAGACGACUCAUGUACUUCAAAGAUCCACUGGACGCCUUUGCCAAAGGGGAAGUUUUCUUGGGGAACCGGGACCAUGGCUACAAUGCUUUCCCCGGCUUGCCUGCUGGCACCCACUGCAAUGGCACCUGGCAACACGGCAUCACCAUAGAAACGCCUGACCGCUGGUUCCUGUUUACCUGCGAGACAGAGAGUGACCAACAGGACUGGCUGAAACACUUCAAUGAUGUCAUGAGCGCUCAAAUGUCCCCUCAGGAGUACACAAUGGAGGCCUUGUUCAGGCACAGACAUUGAUGGAUCAGAGACCUGCGGGACCAUUUCUUCUCCCCUCUGCCCAUCACUGCUCUGACAUGGGACCCACUUAAAUUCUGCCAUCGACCUGAAAUCUGCCCUUCAUUGCUACUAUGGUCACUCUGGAGCUUGUUUCUAAAUCCCAGAGGUUUGCCCCGGAGAUUAAGAAUGCAAACAAGAGGACCAAGGCGAUAUUGAUUGGUACACAAGAAGAAAACAAUACCUUAAUGUCACUGUAUUUUUUUGUACUUUCAUUUGGUGUUUUCGAUAUUGUGUGUUGUUUGUGCAUCCAAAGCAUCACUUAUAAAUCUUUAUCCUUUGUAUGUAUCGUGUUUGAAUGCCUGGAUGGUAUUCUUUGGUCUCUUCAGUCAUUGUGGCGACUGCUCGUGAUAAAUACUCUCUAAAUGUGUCACUGCCGUUGUGCCAGGAGACUUCACAUGGGAAAGAAUAUACUGUUUAAAAGCUCCUAUAGACAAGUAAAAGACUCACAUGACAAAUAUAGCAUUUUUGUAUAUUAAAUGCAAAUUAAAAAUAGAAAUGUUGAGGUGAAAAGUGCCUUGGUCCCCUUGUUUUAGGUACCGUGUGUCCAGGUGUUCUGUGAUGGUUGGUUAAUGCUAGUGGGACGCAGGCACUCAAAUGUGCCUCUUUUCAUUGAAAGGAUUUUGAUUUUCCGUUUAGUUGCUUUAUUUUCAGGGUUCCAUGCUGGCUUACUGUCACGCUGUUGUUGAAUGGAGCUGUGCCUUUUUUACUAUGACAACUUGAAAUAUCUGCUGUGAAAAAGGCAUGCAGGCCAUGAGGACAGAAGUAAAGCUGAUUCCAUUAAGUGUGGUCAGGCCUAGAUUGGCAGCAAAAGCAAUGUUAUUCAGUGGUUUAUUGAAGCUUUUUAACCACUGUCAUCUCCAGGUCAUGGGCUCGAGCAAGAUCAGAGUUUUUGUGUUAUCUCCCAAGUGCAGUAAUAUCUUUAGACAUACUACAGGGUGGGGAAGCAAAAAUGUCCUAUUGACAAAUUUGAAUGUCCUGCCCAAACGGUGAGGGUCAUCAAAACAAUAAUUAAAAUCAAAGUUCCUUACCUUUAACUAAUCUUUGUAGUAUUUGUCAGACCUUGGUGCAUUGUGAAGUGAGCAAGCAACAAGCAAAACGCAACAGGGUUUGUGAUCUCCUGAAUGCCCAAAUCCCUCAGAAGGACAUUGCCAAGAUUGUUGGCAUCAGUGAGAGGGCCAUUCGCCGCAUCCAGCAUGUCAGAUAAUCCAGUUUGGGCACCAAGAGAUCUCCCAACAAGUCCUCAAAUUCAUACGACCACAUCGGUCGUAUGCACCGUACACCGGAAUACGACCCGUGAGAGCAUAUUUAUGUUGGCGCCCCUACGGGGAAAAGGAACGAAUUACGGGAUUUAAUUCACGAAACGGCUUUUCCGUCAUCGCAAAACGGCUUUUUCCUCACUUUCUCAACACGGGUUCAGGGUUAUGGUUAAGGUUAGGGAUAGUGUUAGAUAAAAGUUUGUUCAUGGUGACGUUUCACCUGCAACUCCGGAGUGUCGAUAUUUACUCAACCGCUAGAGGUCGCAUAUGUCAAAACGUAACACUGGGUCGUAAUACGGGCGUGUACAGACGACCUAUGUGGUCGUUUUUUGUUUGAGGACAGGCUGGAUCUCCAGAUGGUCCUGAGAGUCUUGGGCUCAGAUGGCAAUCAGAUGCCCUCCUACUUCUUCAAGCCAGAUCAGAAAAUUUGGGGCUGAUGUGUACUACAAAGUUCUGAGGUACACUGUUUUGCCCUGGCUGAAGGCCACCUACCCUGAAAACAACUAUGUGUGGCAGCAAGAUGGGGCUCCUGCUCACACAUCAAUCAAGGUCCAAAAGUUCUGUGAGUAGAAUAUGGAGAACUUCUGGCCCAAAGGAAUUUAGCCCCCGAGCUCACCUGAUCUAAACCCCCUGUUUUUACCUGACAGGACAUUUUUGCUUCCCCACCCUGUACAAUGCAGUUUCAUCAUGAUUUCAAUUUGUCAUCAAUGAUUUUGUAAGUUAUCUUUUUUUAAAACAAGUCUGUAUUUAAGGUAUGAGUGCUUCGGUCAAAGAUCUACAAUGUCAAGAUAGCAGAUGGAAACACUACAAAACCCUGGAUGGUCUAACAGCGCCUCCAUGUGGCAUAAAGUACAUAUACUAAGACUAUGUUAAAACAUGUGACCUUUAUUUUUUUUCAUCAUUUUUAUUACUAUCAAAUAACCUAACUGAAAAUUUUAAUGGUACUUUAUUUGUAUAUGUUGAUGUGUCCAAUUUUAAAGGCAUUUCUAUGUUCGACCAUGAUUGAGCGAGAAUAAGAAAUUAUUGAUCCCCCCAAAUAAAAAGUAUUUCUUCGA